AGAGCUCCGGACGUGAACGAAUAGCUGGCUUAUAGAGACACCAGAAGGCCGCACAGCGCAGACUCUAACUGGACAAGAGGAACAGAGAGGCGGGGUGCAGCCUGAGCAGGGUUAUAGGUCUAUGUCUGGAUUAUUAUUGUUUAUUUAUUUCGUUGUAUUAACGAUGGAUGAGCCUCGGGCACUUUCAUCCUAACUUGUUAUUCUACCCAGAAUGGAUUUAUAACAGCCAUCACGCCGGAACACCAUUGGCAACCUUUUGGAGUACUUUGUUUUUACGCACGGCCACCUUGUUAUUUUACGCACGGCCGCAUCGUGUUUGGAUGACUGCGCAAUCCUGUCUUUGUGCGCUUCCCCCACUUCGAGGUGCACUUAUUCAGCUAACCCGAUUUCUUUAAGUGAAUCAUCAGUAUCACAUCUCACUCCUGGCUGCACCCGUAAUAGCAACACAGAUCGCUUGACACUUUUCGCAGACUGACACCGGUGAGUCCUGAACGGGGGUCGGUACCGCGUGUGCUCUUUCUCUGUCUGCCUUGAAGAGUUUCUCAACUCAGGACGACAAGAUUAUCAAGCACCCGAAAUGCUGCCUCUGUCCCCCUUGUUGCUCGUCGUUUUCCCCGCUGCGCUCUUCGUGGCCGCGCAGGGCGCCGGGGACCUCCACGGUUUCACCUUCCCCGGUGGGGGCGCAGGCUUCGACCCAACAGACCCUUGCAUGGUGGUGUCUCCUCCAUGUAUGAGCGAGGCCGAUCGCUACAGCCUGGAGGCCCUGCGGAGCAUCCACCAGAUGAUGGACGAUGACCAAGAUGGCGGGAUUGAGGUGGAGGAGAGUGUGGAGUUUAUCAUUGAGGACAUGAAGCAGCAGCAGACAAACAAACAUAGCAACCUGCACAGAGAAGACCAGCACAUCACCGUAGAGGAGCUCUGGAGGGGCUGGAAGUCAUCUGAAGUACACAACUGGACUCAGGAUGCGGUGCUUCGCUGGCUAAGGGAGUUUGUUGAGUUGCCACAGUAUGAGAGGAACUUUAAAGACUUUAAGGUCAAUGGAAACACACUCCCCAGGAUUGCAGCGAAUGAGCCUUCAUUCCUGAGUGGCCAGCUGAGGGUUCAGGACCAGAGAGACAAACAGAAGCUCAACAUCAAAGCUCUGGAUGUCGUUCUGUUUGGACCACCCACACGUCCUCAUAACUACAUGAAGGACCUGCUGCUAAUUGUAUCAGUGGUGAUGGGAAUUGGAGGCUGCUGGUUUGCCCAGGCCCAGAACAAAGCCAGCAAGGUCCACAUAGCUAAGAUGAUGAAAGACUUGGAGAGUCUGCAGAGGGCUGAACAGAGCCUCAUAGAUAUGCAGGAACAACUGGAGCGAGCCCAGGAAGAAAAACGCAAUGUUGCAGAGGAGAAACAGAACCUGGAGGAGAAGAUGAGGGAUGAGAUCAUGGGGGCGCAGGAGGAGGCUCACCGUCUGCACAGGCUGAGGCAGGGAGCUGUCAGUGAGCUCAGCCGCCUGAGAUACGCAGAGGAGGAGUUGGAGCAGGUCCUCGGAGCGCUGAAGCAGGCAGAGAAGGACAUGCAUGCUAGCUGGACGGCCUCAGAAGCCCUCCAGCAGUGGCUGCAGCUGACACAUGAGGUUGAGGUCCAGUACUACAAUGUCAAGAAGCAGAGCGCAGUGCUGCAGCUUUCCUCUGCCAAGGAAGAGGCAGAGAGAAUUAAGAAGAAGAGGAAUUCCGUGCUGGGGACUCUCCAUGUCGCCCACAGCUCCUCUCUAGACCAAGUUGACCACAAGAUCCUAGAGGCAAAGAAUGCUUUGUCUGAAGUAACAGCCUGCCUACGUGAGCGCCUCCAUCGCUGGCAGCAAAUUGAGCGCCUCUGUGGCUUCCCCAUCAUUAGGAAUCCAGGGCUAGCAAACCUCACUGCCCAGCUCUACUCAGACUCUGCUGCCCUUGGGUUGCCCCGAGCGCCCCAGUCGUCUUGCUCAUACCACGGCUCUCUCCAGGGAUCUAUAGAGGAUCUGUUAGAAGAGUCUGAUUCUCCAGUCUUAUCACAAAUGCCAGCUCCACCACUGAAGCGCUCUCCUCGAACACGGGGGUCCACCAUAUGUCGGUCACGUCGUCCUGGUGUCAUCACUCAGCCACCAGCUGGCGUGAUCUCACAAGACCCCGACCUUCUCAUCCCCAUCCGAUCCCCAUACCCUUGUUUUGAUGAGGAAGAGGGGCGCUUCUUGAAAACUCUGAAGAAACAAGACUCCGAUGAGAUGUUUUCAGACACAGACUAUAUGACCUCACCUCCUCUCAGCAAAAUGUUCCCUAGUCAGACGAUUCACACGUCCUCUCAAAAACUCUAUCUUGAUGAAACUGAGCUUCGUUCAGACAGCUCCAUUACAAUGCCUUGGAGUAAAGAAGUCGAAGCUGUUGCUGAAUCUCCAGUUCGCAAAAUAUCUGUGCACGAGCUUGAAGCUACAGUAGAUGCUUCCUGCAGGAAGAUGGCAAAAGACAAAAUCUUUGAUUCUCCCUUGGAAACUCCUUCUUUGAAGAUAUCCAAAGAAGAGUUAUUGAUAGAGGCUACUUCAAGGAAGAUAUCCAGAGACAGAGGUGAUGUUCCCAUGAAUGUUGCAGUUAAAAAGGGGCUUUCCAGUGACUUGGACACAGACUUUGCAGCCAGGAAAGGAGACAGAGAUACAAUUGGGGAUUUGAUGGAAACUGCUUCAAGGAAUUUAUACAGAGAAAGAAGUGAUUUGUCUCUGGAUGUGAGGAAGAUUAUUUGGAACGAGUUAGAAGCGACAACAGAUAUGGUACCUAGGAAGAUAUCAAGAGAUAAGUUGGGUUCCUCAAUGGACAAUGUCUCAAGAAAGAUGAUACGGGACGAUGUUGAGCGUACGCUUGACUCUGUAUCCAGAAGGAUCACAAGAGAUUCAAUGGGAAAGUCCCUAGACGCAAGUUCUAGGAAGCUUCCAUGGAAUAAAGGAGAAAGCCAGCUUGAUUCCUCUGUGAGGGCCUUAGCAAUGGACAAAGUGGUAGAGACCACUAGAACACCCCAAAGAAAGAUAUCUAGAGAUGAGCUGGAGUAUGGUACCGAUAUUCAAGAGAAGCAAGAGUUCAGUUUAGAACCAUCUUCAAGUCGGAUGACACUGAAAAAUGAACUUGAGAUGUCUGCAGGAUCUCUCCGAAGGAGAAUGCCAAGAAUGCAGAGACUUGACAUUGACAGUUCCACAGAAAGUCUCACUUGGGAUAGAAUUGAUAGUCAGAUGGAAACACCUAAACAAUCAGUACUGAGGGAGGAGCUGGGAGAAUCCCAAUUAAGUUCAUCUCCCAGUCAAACUGGACAGCCAGAUCUAAUGGCAACCUCCCAGGGGCCAUGGAGGUCAUCAUCGGACCUUUACCCGUUGAGUCAGCUUGUUUAUGAUGGAAUCCUUGAGAAGGCCUGCAACUCCAUGACCCCAACCAGCCUCUCCGUCUCAACACCCAACCUGCCCCAGAGCAGGCUGCUGACAGAGGCGGAGCCCCCCGUGCCGCCGCCAAGGAUCGCUGUCCCAUCUCCUGCAUCGCCCCGUGGGAAGAACCAUGAUAAGGAAAAGAGCAAGAAAUCCUUAAAGUUGAAAAGUCUCUUUAAAAAGAAAAAUGAGUCAGCUCCAGAAAAGCUUCAAAGCGGUCUUCACAAACUCUGAUAACCACCUUAAAAUUCUUUCUUUUUUUUCUUAUUAUUUACUUUUUAUUGAACCAUCAAAGAGAGUUUGACCACACUGUAGAUAUCUUUUUCAUUUUCAGAGACAGUGGUGUUUGCAAUAACCAAAUAGAGUAAGGGAAACAGAUAACAUAUUUAUGUUUGCAUUCUCUGUUUUAGGGAAAAAAAAAAAAAAAAACUGACGGAAUCACAAUACAUGUAUGAUGUCUAUCGUUGCCUGUAAAAAAAAUAAACAAAACAAACAAAUAAAAUGCAAAAAACAGGACAUUUGGACAUAUAAGUCAGUUAGAUAUGUUAGAUCUCUCAGUGGAGAAGAAGUGGAAAUUAUUUAUUUUCUGUUAAGUCUUAUGUAGACAUGUGGUUGAUGCCAGAUAUUAUUUUAGUGGUAGACGUUUUGGGGCUUUGCCUGUGGUUGAAGAGUUACAUGAUGUUUAUACUGAGUGCUCUUCUAUAUAAGAGACAAUGCUUGAAUUAGUUUUUAACGACAAAUGAAGACACUGACUGUAGUAGAAAAUGAACGUAUUCUAUUCUGAGUAAUGUUUGGGUUAAUUUCGUUCCAUUCACAGUUUUUCCCCCAAUCCUGAAGGCUUAUGGUAUUAAGCAAGAAACAAUUUAGUAGAGAGACCUAUUAAAAAUAUAUUCUUUCAAUAAGCUUCUUGGGGCCCUAUAUGAACAAACAAUUUAGUUUGAUCAACAACCACACCUUUGCACACCUUUGCUGAUUUCAUUGUUCUAGUCCGAGUCUUAAUAAGUGAUGUCUAAGGAUGUUUUUUCACCCUAACUUUUAUAUUUGAUACAUUUCAAUGCUGCAUAGAUAGUGUUUACCUUUUUUUUUUUUCAGGGCCUUAAAUACUUCAUGUGCGACAGCUUAACAGGCCUUCACAAAUAACAUAAAGUCUGUAGCAACGAAUACUUUAUUUAAUGUAAAAAAAAUUAAAUGAAUCCUUUUAAUGUUUAGGUAAUAUUUUGUAAUACUUUUUGUAUAUCAAUGGAAAGAGAAGUGUCAGAGUGGAUCUGUUGCAGCAGGGACAGCCCCUUUAAUCUUCAGAAUGAGCAAAAGUUCAAAUGCUAUUUUCAAUCACAGCGGGACUUUUACGGUGGGUUCCGUUGAUAAAUGUUGAAAAAAAAAAAACAGACAGCAAAUAUAUAUUUCUUAAUGACAGUGUUCCCCAAUGCAUGAACCAUCUUAACCAAAACUGCUGGUGUCUUUGAUUUAUUUUGUGCCCUCUACCAUUCACUUGGAGGUACCUCACAGCAUUUUGGUAGUGUUAUCAUUAAAUUCAGUGGGGCAUUUUUAAGACCAAGAUCAAACAAACAUAGCCCAGAGGUUUGGAAUAUGUGUCAGAUUUUCACAUAAACAAAAAUGGAUCCAUUAAUAAUAAUAAUAAUAAUAAAAAACUAAUCUGGUCUGAUCCUGUGGAUCAAGAAAACCCAAGAUUAUUUUAAAAAAAAAAAAACCUUAUACUUACCAUGUGCCAAACGCUUAUGAACAGUUUGCUUGCAAACUGUCAUUUAUUUUUCGAAUUUUUUUGUUUUUUUUUAAAUGUGUGCAUUUGAUUUGAUUGCUUUAAUUUGUUGAUGUUUGUAGAGGAUUUACAUUUUCUUUUAUUGUUUACAGACAUAAAGUUAGUACCUUUAGUAAUUUGGAAAUGUAGCCUUGCUUUUACUUGAUUUGAAAAUAUAUUUUUGAAAUAAGUCCUUAAUAUGUUUGUCUCUGUGUAAGGGAUAUAUGAAUGAAAUGUGAAUGUAAGAAUUCAUCGGCUAUUCUCAUCUGAUGAUUUAUUAACAGCUGAUAAUUGAAGACAUAGACGAGGUUGUACAAUCUGGAAAUUAUGUGCAUUGUUCUGCAAAAAAAGAACUUCACAUUGCCAAUAUAACAUCUUGAAAUGUGAAAUUUCAUCUUAAAAAAUGAAUAAAGUCCAAAUGGGUUAUUUAUUAGUUGUAGGAUAUAUGCUGUUUUUCUUUGUAUUUAGAUUCCAAAGCCAUUCUGAAAUUCAAAAAAUGGCUCAGUGAUUGUUAAUAAUACAAUUCAUUAAAAGAAAGGAAGGAGGAAACACAUUUAUACGGUACAUGUAUUGUAUUAAAGAUUUCCAGUCAAGUGUUUUAUUAUACGCCAUAACUACCGUAAAUACUAAAUAACUAACUAAACUAAAUAACUAGCAUGCUACUGUAAAUCCUCACAUAAAACCCAACAGCCACAAGGAAAUGACAAUUUUAACUUAAUUUAAAUUUAAAUUAAAUUAAAUUAACAUUAAUUAACAUUUUGAAUUUGAGGUAAUUUCACGUGAUUGUUCUCUGCCUAUAAAAAGCAAAUCUUCAUCUUCUGUCAAGCUUCUGCCGUGUUUGUUGAUUGUGAGCUUGGAACGCAACUUGUGUUAGACACACAUUUUGUUCAAAGAGGCUACUUAGAGAGAUUUAUGAAGAUUGCAUUGGUGCUGUUUGACACAACUAACGACCACGUCGUUCUACUGUGCUCAUCAACAAGAAGACAGACCAGACAUACUUACUGAAUCCUUGUUGUGAUGUUGCCAUACGAGGAGACAAAUAUAUCAGCUACUAUUUUUUUCGUUAACCCCCUCCUUGGUUAAAGUAGUUGAAAGCCCUGAGACCAUUUGUCAUUAAAAAAAAUACUGUAAUUUAGAUUUCAUUCAAAAUGAAUAUGAAGAAGACUUUAUUUGACUUACUAUCUAAAUUUAACACUUAUUUGAACUUAAUGUUUUUCACUAGUCUUGCUUGUUGAAUAAUUUGCUUGACAUGGAGCUUGUUUGGUAGAUUGACUACUUUGA